CGAGGCCAGUCCCGUCCAUCUUAUCACCAUGCAGACACAAAAUUGAUGUCAAUGCUUUGGGUCUCUGCAGCGACUUCUGCACCACAAGACAACACUCGUUGGUUUAUCUCUACAUCUUCCUCCGGAACACAAUACAACAAGGGCUCCUCACGGGGAUCAUUUCGUCAAAUGAAAAAGAAAGAACAACUGGUUUUACCUCCUAGACAGCGUUCAGGCGUGUUGGAUUCUAAUUGGAAAGUUCUUUCUCAAAAACUGAAGAAAGAAGAACAUUCUCGGUAUGUAAGAAAAAGAAAACAUCCUAGUGUUGUAGAUGACAGAGCCAAGCAGAAACGGAGUGUUCCUGAUGUAUGGUUUGACGAUGUUGAUGCGGACAUCCUAGAUGUUGCUGAACAAGGAAAACCGUAUCUGCGGAUUCUGCCUCAAGAGACUGGUAGCAUUAAUGAAACUAUCUGUAUGGUCCCGAAACCAUUAGUGACAGGCAACUGCAAAGAUGUGACACGGGUCAUUGCCAUGGACUGUGAGAUGGUGGGAGCUGGGGAUCGAGGUUGCAUCAGUUUGCUGGCUCGUGUUUCUAUUGUCAAUUCACAUGGGCACGUUCUCUAUGAUACAUUUGUAAAACCAAAGGAACGAGUUACAGAUUAUCGGACCUUUGUCAGUGGAGUGAGAGCAAGUGACUUGAAACAAGCUCCACCUUUUUCUGAGGUACAAAAUCAAGUUGCAAAAUUAAUAGAUGGCAAGAUUUUAGUUGGUCAUGCAUUAAACAAUGAUCUCCAGGCAUUAUUACUGAAUCACCCACACAGGAUGAUUCGAGACACACAGCAUUAUCCACCUUUCAAAAAGAUUGCUAAUGGAAAACGUCCAUCUCUUCGAUUAUUAUCAAAGCAAGUUUUGCACAUAGAUGUGCAAAAAGGAGAGCACUCUUCAGUUGAAGAUGCAAGAGCUGCAAUGGCACUGUAUCAGACACACAAGAAGGAAUGGGAAAGUGGUUGCAUCAUGGUAAAUCCUCACAAAAAGACAGCACAAGACAGUUGAGGAACCAGAAAUAGAUAUACAGAAUAAUUGAUACUGUAUUGAGGUUUUGACAGCUCUAGAUCUACUAGUAGACAUGUAUAGCCCUUAAUUAAUUUGUAUUGCAUUGAAAUCUUUCUGCUUUCUCUUGUAAUUUCUUUCACUUUUC